UAUUGUUUGGAAUCUCUCAAAUUUGAUCUAUUGCUCGAUAACACUUCUAUUUUUUUAUGUCAAUAAGGGACGAGACGAGCAGGAUGUUCAGCUGAUGGUAAUUGAUACACCCUGCCUAUUACAAUGCAGUACCGCUCAGGAUUCUUGAAAGACCCAAAAAUUCCGAGCAGCACUACAAUUGCGCUCGUCACCUUGAGACUUAAGAUGUUAAGUCUUAUUUGCCCAGUAAUUUCACUAGCUACGGCGCCCUUCCGACUGAAACACAAUAAUGUUUGCACAUAACAUCUUCACUGCAGAAAUAGGCGCCGUUGUGGCACCCAUAAUCUAGCCGGCAUCCCGAGUUAAGGAGCCUCCUACUGCUUCUACCCUUCUAAACCACAAUGUUUUUAGUUUUAGUUUUGUUUGAUAUGCUCUCAUAAUUUGAUAUGUAAAGUGGACAGGAGCCCACAUUUUCCUGUGUACUUUGGUCAGACACCCAGAAGCACAGUAGUGUCCUAGGGUCUUCAAAGAUCUGUUCAAUUUUUUAUAGAAGAAGGGGAUGUGGGUGUCAUCUGGUGUUAAGUGAUCACCGCGUCCCACAGGAGUGUUGCCGGCGUACAAGCAUGUCUCGAUUGGACGUCAAAGUAAUGUACAUUCACAGUACAUUUAACCGCUGUUCGAAUAUUCAAGAUAACUGUUUUGCAGACACUCAAAUGGUUUGCUUUGCAGUAAUACUCCGGAUGUGGCCAGACUCGCUUCAUAGAGCAUUAAUAUUGCCUUGCUCUAUUUAUGACACACAGUUUCUUCACAAACAAUUUGGCUUUGCCAUCCAGGUGAAGCCCCAAAUACUCAAGAUUGCAGACCAUCGUUAUAGGGGAAGUGUUUUCGAUGAGAAGUUAACUUGAACACAACACAACGACAUGCAACAAGCUAGGAUAUCAUUCCCACCAUUUGGAUGUGUGCCGGUCCGCCAUAGUGCGGUUUUCAGAGACUUUCUUCCACGUUCUACAAAGCUGUGGAAUGAGCUUCCUUGUGCGGUGUUUCCGGGACGAUACGACAUGGGAACAUUCAGAACAAACCCGCGUACAUUUUUCUAAAAUACCGGCAUUUAAGGACACCUUCCUUGUGCAACGCUCCUGUGAUUCCUCUGGUGUUGCAAGAGGAUGUGGGCUGCGGUGAUCACUUAACACCAGGUUGACCCGUACGCUCUUUUGUCCUCCUUUUCCUUAAAAAAAUCUAGUUAACAACUAGCCCAAUUAACAAACACCAAAUAUAUAAUUAAAGGUCAUACUUUAGACCAGGGGCGUGCAUUCCAAAUAUGCCUUCAGGCAUUGCCUACCUCGUUAUGAAAGUAUUAAAUAAAAUAAAUAAAUACAGUUUACAAUACUCAAUAUGUAAUAAAAAUAAAAUAUUAAAUAAUAAAGUUCAUUAAGUUUCAUUUGCUUCCGUUAUUCUAUAACCAAACUUCUAUAUUCAAUAUUUCCUAGAUACAUACUACAUUCAUGCGGUAGGCAGUCCCAAAAAUGAUCUUAUUUAGAAAAGUAUUGGUCACAGUUAAACGAUAUUCAUGCAUACCUACGAUUUGUAGCAAGAUAAACCGAUUACCCCACAUCUGUCUCACUCCCUCCAUAUUAGGAGUUUAUCGCUAUUUCGCUUUUUUGUCUUCGUGAGAAUCAUUAGAGUAAAUAGGUAUAUUCAUUGAUUAAUAAUUAGUAUUUUAUUUUUAUUAUAGUUCACUCUGUCAUCCGUGUUAAGUUUUACUGUGAUAAAAAGUUGAUGUGUGAUUUGUGUUUAAAAUAGGUAUUGGGUUUUAAAAAUAUAUAAGUAAUAGAGAACUUAAAUAAGUGUGCCGAUUAUGAUAUACGUACAGGUUGCAAUUAUAAAUAAGAUAAAAAAUUGUUUCUUUUAAUAGACCAAUACUUUAACGAGUAAUGUUCAAGCAUUUUUGGGAUACUUGUGUUGGUGAAAAGUUACCGUUCGACCGGCCCAUAACUAAUGUUAUUGUAACCAAAACAAAUUAGGCUAAGGACUCACGAAGCGGUUUUCACCCGUGCCCGCUGCGGUGGCGGAAUGGAGUUUUAUUUUCAAAACUCACGAGACCGGAGUUUUGUGCGGUUACGCAGCCGUCGCGGUUGCGAUUAUCGCUCGCAAACUUGGCGGUUGAUAAUCGCCAGACGGGCGGUUAAACGAUCAGUUGAGUUCCAGACCGUCAUGGACACACACCAGAAACGAGCUGUUGCGUUAUACUUCCUUCACAGAAGAAUUAAAGAAAGAAGGCCUAAAAGGUUCUGGAUACAUCCACUGAUUGCGGAAAGAGAUCGUUAUGGAUUAUUUGUUACUCUUAUUAAUGACUUAAAGAAGGAUGAAGAAAAGUUCUCUAAUUAUUUUCGAAUGUCCGUAUGUAGUUAUUUAGAACUUUUAAGAAAAACAGAAACUGCUCUUCAAAAACAACAUACUAAUAUGCGAGAUCCCAUAUCACCAGAGGAAAUGUUGGCAGUGACAUUAAGAUACCUAGCAAGUGGGACUUCAAUGCACGAUUUGCACUACACAUUCAGAAUUGGGCACACACCUAUAUCAAUAAUUGUAAGAAUGACAUGUGAAAAAUUAUGGGAGGUGUUAAUGUUUGAAUGUUUUCCGGUAAUCACUACAGAACUUUUAGAAGAAAUCAAACAAAAAUUUUACAAGUACGCAAAUUUUCCUAACUGUGUCGGAGCAAUAGACUGCAAACAUAUAAGAAUAAUUAAACCAGAUAACAGUGCUUCAACUUACUACAAUUAUAAGAUUUUUUUUUCAUUUGUGUUAAUGGCCGUAGUUGAUGCGGAUUACUGCUUUGUUUUUGUAGACAUUGGAGCCCCGGGUAGUAAUGCUGAUUCAACCAUUUUUAAAAAUACUACUCUUUGGAAUGCGCUUAAUAGCAAUUCUAUCAAACUACCUAAUGAAAAAAUACUACCCGGAUCUACUUUGCCACCUGUCCCAUAUGUAUUCGUAGCCGAUGAGGCGUUUGGGUUGCAUCAAAAUAUGAGACCUUAUGGUGGUCAAUUUUUGAGUGUACAAAAAAGGGUAUUCAAUUAUCGCCUAUCUAGAGCACGAAGAUACGUGGAAUGUGCAUUUGGCAUUUUGUCAAACAAAUGGCGAAUUUUAAAUCGUGCAUUGGAUGUAUCAAUCAAUACCUUUAUCAAUUAAAAUAUUAAUUCACAAUAGUGAAGGCAUGUUGCAUACUUCACAAUUUUGUACGAAAACGAGACGGCCAUCAUAUUAGAGAAGAAGAUUUUACUCAUAAUCUUGAGAGUAUACAAAUACCUCCAUCAAUACGCAGUGGAAGACAAGCCAAUAACAUUAGAGAUGUUUUUCAACAAUAUUUUAUGAGUGACAGCGGAGCCUUAAGCUGGCAAUUGUCACAAAUUUAAUAAAGCUAAUUAUUGUACCUUAAAAAUAAACUUACUUACCAUAUUUUUUUUUAUUUGUCUCGUCCAAAUUUUCAAAAUCAUUAUUUAAAAUAUCGCAGAUUUCUUCCCAUGCUUUGAGUGUCAAGUUCUUGUACUUAUACUCUUCUAAGCUCUUAUCCCAUACAACUGGCCUUUCUUGAACCAAAGUAAUUAGUAGAUCGACUUCAAUAUCAAUAUCCAUUUUGUUGACAAAUGUGCACGAACGCGUCACUACGCAAACUACAAGUCACUGCAAAAUGGCGUCGGAUUUCUAACCGCCUACCCCGCCCCCCGCUGUCCACGCGCGGUACAAGAUGGCCGCCGGUGCAGCGGGACCCGCAAACAAUCGCACACGCCGCGGGCGUAAAACGUGUCGUGAAAUGUGCUUUAAUUUUUUACAUAAAUAUCUGUAUUCUACAAAGGCUGCGGGCCCGCAACCACGGCGGACACGGGUGAAAACCGCUUCGUGAGUCCUUAGCCUUACAGCCCGAAAAAACCGGCAAAAGAGGAGGAAAGUGAAUUUAUAUAUAUAUAUAUCAAGUAGGUAUAAUAAUAUUAUCUAGAAAAGCUAAAGGAUAGUAUUAAAUUUAUAAUAUUUUUUUGAACUAUGAAGGCGACAGCACUGUGCUAUUUUGAGUUCAUAAGUUCAAAAAAAUUAUAUUAUUUGAGUCUUUAUACAAAAGUCCUCUGUGAUUUAAGUUUAAAGUUAUUUUUUGACGCCACAAACGUUUCAAAAUGAUAUUACUUUAUUUAGAGUUUUCAAUAAUAAUUAAAGGUAUAAAUGUUACCAUAAACGCAUGAAAUUUUAGCUUUGACAGUAAAUGAUUGCAGUAUGGGUGUUUACCGCUAGAUGGCGGUAAAAAUGAAAAUAUGUGUAAUCUUAGAAUUUUAAUAACAAAUAAUUUUUGUUAAAUAAACACGCAUUCUUAAGCUAUAGAGAUAAAAUAAGAAAGCAGUUUAAGGUAUACUUGUUCCUCGAAUGACACAAACUAAAAUAUUAGGUUGACCAUAUUAUGGUACGGAAACUACAUGCGAAACACAAACAACUCCAGUAUGUAGAUUUCAAAACCUAGUACUGUGAGACUAGAGCGCGGUUCUACGACUAGUUAGAUGUAUAGUGCUUACCUUGCUAGAAAACCAAUGCACGCCACUGCUUUAGACAUACAAUUAACUUUACUUAUACGAACAUGUCAAAAUAGAUUUAAGUCUAAGCGGACCAAGUAGCGCGAACAGCUAAUUGUAAAAUAAUUUUUUGAUAAUAUUUUCAAUAAGUAAGUUAAUUUUAUCAAAAAAAUCUAAGUGGAUACAUAGUUGAAUUUUGCAGUUACAUUUAUUAUCAUUGUAGUGUCAGAGAACCUACUACAUAAGAUCAUUUAUUUAUCAAAAUAUAAUAAGUAUCAAUCAAAUCAAAUGAUGACUUAAGCUUACGUGAUAGAUAGGACUGCGCGAUAGCUGCGAUAAGCGGGGAGCAAUUUCGUGUAUUAUAAACAUACAAAUUACCUAUAACAAAAAACUAUGUCAUAACAAGUAGUAUUUUUGAUUGUAAACCUGAGGUGUUUGAUGUAAAAGUUUCGUAAAAAUCUAACAGUCCGACGGCACAAACAAUCUGCAAAUCUACUAGAUUUGCACACCGCGCAAUGUUCGAGUAUUUGGGUAGCGUGACUCAAUCACAAUAUUACUCUCUAUCCUUGGAUCAUUUAAAUAAUAUCUAGAUAGACUAUGACAGCUGUGAAAACGUAGAAAAAAAUUGAGUUUAAAGUUAUCCUCUAUUUUGACUAAUGUAAGCACACUAACACAAACUGUCAUACAUAUUGCGAGUAUAAGGCGUAGCUUGUCACGCACACUUUUUACCAGUUCCUCCUUUGCACAGGAUGCCGGCUAGAUUAUAGGUAUCACAACGGCGUCUAUUUCUGCCGUGAAGUAGUAUUGUGUAAACAUUACUGUGUUUCGGUCUGAAGGGCGGAGCUAGGCAAAUGAGACUUACAUCUUGUCUCAAGGUGACGAGCGCAAUUGUAGCGCCGCUCAGAAUUUGUAGAUUUUUCAAGAAUCUUGAGCGGCACUGCAUUGUAAGGGGCAGGGCAUAUUAAUUAGCAUCAGCUAUAAUCAUAAAAAAAGAACACCAAACUAUUAAACUUGGUCUGUUUUUAUCAGUUGUCUAACAGCAAGAGACAAUCUAGACGUAUAAAUGAUCUAAGUGUGAUAAAUAAUUGUCAAUA